AUGGGGGAUGAUAAUGAUACAGACAUAACAGAGUUUAUUUUACUGGGGUUCUCGGGUUAUGGCUUUCUUCAGGGCCAUCUGUUCUGGGGUGUGCUGUGUAUCUAUGUUGUUACCUUGCUGGGCAACUCUCUGAUCGUCCUCCUUACGCUGGCGGACUCUGCGCUCCACUCUCCCAUGUACUUCUUCCUGCGUCACUUCUCUGUGGUGGAGAUCCUCUACACCACUACCAUUGUGCCUCGGAUGUUGGCUGACCUCCGGUCUUCCUGCCCCACCAUCCCUCUUGCCAGCUGCUUCACUCAGUUAUAUUUCUUUGCCCUUUUUGGCAUUGCUGAAUGCUGCUUGCUUACUGCCAUGGCCUAUGACCGGUAUGCUGCCAUCUGCUGUCCACUGCAUUAUACUACCCUGAUGAGCCAGGGAACCUAUACAGGCUUGGUGGGGGCCUCUUAUCUUGCAGGUGUCAUCUCAGGCACUACUCACUCCAUCUUCAUCUUCACGUUGCCUUUCCGUGGGGCCAAAACCAUCCAUCACUUCCUGUGUGAUAUCCUGCCUGUGCUGAGACUGGCUACUGCAAGCACUUUCUGGGGUGAAGUGGGGAACCUCUUUGUCACAAUAACUUUUAUCUUUGCCCCCUUCUUAUUGAUUGUGGCCUCUUAUGCCUGUAUUCUUGCCACCAUCCUUGGGGUGGCAACAUCCCAGGGUCGUCAAAAGCUCUUUUCUACGUGCUCCUCCCACUUGUUUGUGGUCAUACUCUUUUUUGGGACUGGGACUGUUGCCUAUAUGAGGCCUCAGGCUGAUUCCUUUGGGGACACUGACCAAAUUAUCACCCUGUUCUACACAGUUGUCACCCCCAUGUGCAACCCUUUUGUUUACACUCUGAGGAACAAGGAGGUCACAGGGGCCAUGAGGCGGCUCGUGAAGAGAUACUUUUAG